AAACACGAACGGUGAAACUUCAUCAAACCCUCCUAUCGCGGAUUGCCCAAUGAAUGAUGAAUGAAUGUUAAAUUUUCAAAUCUAAAUGACAACAACAAGUACAACAUUGAACAUACCGUUGUUAAAUUUUAAAAUAGCAGUUCGUAAUAUAUAAUGUUUUCAAUUAGUUUCCAUUUUCGGUUAUUUAAAUUUAGCUUUGUUAACGUUUAGUUCGUUUUAUUACAUUUACGUUCUCACAUUAAUAUUUUUUAUAACAUUUUGCUUUUAUAAUUUUAUUGAUUAAUAAUAUUUGUGAAUCCAACUUUUUCACCGAUGGUCAUUAAAUGGUCCAUCUACAACUUUUAAUUUUGAUAAUCAUUUUCUUUUGAUUUGAUUGGAUACUAUGGCUAACCAUCAAUUUGACACAACUUCAUCUACAUUUAAGGCGCCUCUAGCCCCAAUAAGACCACUUACGAUGAUGCCCGGACAUGCUGAAACUUUACUUUUCAAUGAUAUUAUGGAAGAUAAAACUAUGGAGUUACGCAACACCAUGACAGAGUUUUUGCAAGUUCAACCAUUUCGUAAAUUUGAGUUUGAAUUCUCAAACUUUCUAAAACGAGUAAAGGGUAUAAUAGAAGAAGGCCAGCGUAGUGGUGCAAAUGCUACUCGCCUGACAAAUGUAUCACAUAUUGCUCCUAUGUAUUCAAGACCUUCUAUGAGUUUCAAUUGCAGACCAUCUUCUACAAUAUCAAUGAUCAGUACAAAUCGUCAAAGUGCGUUCCGGCUUCCAGAAACAAAUUAUCAACCUAUUGAACCCUUAAACCCAUUUAAACCUCCAACAAGUGUUACGAUGCGGCCAAAUGGAGUAUUACCGUGUAUUGAUGACUUAGUAAUGAGUACGGAGGGUUCUUCAAGAUCUUCCAAGUUACGUACUACAGUUGUUGAAUUAAAUGAACAAAUGAGCAAAGAAAGUCAAAAAUCACAUUAUGAUACAAGAAAUCAAACCGAAGAGCAUGAGCCAGAAUUACACGAAGCUGCUAUUCCGAAUGCAUACUCUGAUAUGACAAUAAUUGAAAACACAUCCACUUCUAGAUCACAACAUAAUACUGGUUCACAAAACAAGAGUAAUAGUGUAGAAUCUCUUUUAGAAGGUGUUGGAUUUAAAAUUGUUGUUGGAUUACCAAACAAAACAAACUGUUCUACCAAAACAGAUCAUACAAGUCAGUUAAAUAUCAUUCCUCAAAAUCAGUUGAAUAAUUUAACCAAAAAUAUAGUGAAGUAUUUAUCUAUGUGGUCAGUAAACUUGAAACAAUUUACACACCAAAAAAAUGUAAAAGCAGUGUUAGUAGUGUCAGGUACACUCAUAGCUGAAGAUAAAGUAACUACACUGGAAGAAGGUCAUGAUGCUGGAAUUUUGGAAACGCGCAAAGAAAAAAAUCUUAUAAAAACCAAAAAUGGCAUUUAUCGACUAAUGGGUAAUAUUGUUAGAGGUCACCCAAAAGAUAUUUAUAAUAUAUGUUGCGAGAUCCAGGGUAUACCAAAGAAUUGGAAGUUAUUAAUCAGACAAUCUAUAACAGUUAAAAAAGUAACCGAAAAACAAGCUUUAAAUUUUUCUCUGGAAUCUCCUGCUGGGCCCGUAAAAUCAUCUAAACCACCUGCUAGUAUGAAUGCCAGUAUGACCAGGAAAGGUACCACUUAUAAUAGUAGUUUCUUUCCACAUAAAGAAGUUUCUUGUAAAAGAAAAUUUUCUGAGUAUGACUCGACUGCAGAACAUGGUAUAAAUAAGCAACAAAGGUAUCAAAUACCUUUGUUGGCAUCAACUCCUAAGAGACCAAAACUGCAACCAAGUCACACUCCAAGUCAACUUUUAAAAAAAAAAUUAUGUCAUAAGUUGAAUAGCCAAAAUGCUGUAGCAAACUGUAAGAGUAGUAAAACUCUCGACGCUGUUAAUGAUUCCAUUGUUGUAAAAAAAAAACAAUCAUUAACUAAACAAACACAGGAAAAUAAUUUUUUGAAACCUCAAAGUCUAACUCCAAUUGAUAAAUCAAGCAAAAUGAAAGCCAAGACAACUGCAAUAUCUACUAAAUGUAAAUCAAAACAAACAUCAUCAGACAAAUCUUCUCUAGUUGUUGCCAAUUGUUCUAACCAGUCCAGGCAAGAAUCGGUAAAUAAUUUAAAUGUAAACAGCAUUAAUAGUAUUAAACAGUCCAGAAGUAAAACACAAGAUAAUUUUUCAAUGAAUAGUACCAAUAAAAGCCUAUCUAAACUCAAAUUAACAAAUACAAAUUCCACAACUAGUUCGGUUGAACUCGUUAAGCAGCAUAACUCGAAAACCUCAUUAAAGAAUUGUUCCCAAAAAGAAAAUAUCAUUAAUCAUAAAUUUUUAAAAAAUGACAGUGUCUUAACUAAAACAAAAUUGACUAAACAAAAAGCCAAGGAACUUUCUAAAAAACAACUCGAAACUACAGUAUUUGAUGAAAAACCUAAAAACCAUGGUAAAAAAAAGAGGAAGAAUGAAGUGUUAUCUUCUGUUAAGAAUUCAUCGCAACAAGGAGGUCUGUUUGAUGACUUGGAUGUUGACGGUUUUGGUGAAAUGAGCAAUUUCAAUAUAAUGGAAUCUCCAGGGAAAUUAAGUUUAACUUCACGCACAGACAAGUCCAGAAGCGUAACACCUCCAUUAUUUAAUCAAAAUUGGGCGGGCUCGUCAGCAAAGUCAAUAGUCAUCAGUGAACCACCAACACCACUGAGCAAAUCCAUUGAGGCUAAAGCGUUGAAAAAACGAGUUAAGGCUCCUAAAAUCACAUUAGAAGAAGAAUUAAAAGUGUUGAAAAGACAUAAGACAUCUACUAACAAACAUAAGACCAAUGAAAAAGACUACAAAGCUGUGGCAAAAAUUAUCGACAACAUGUUAAUAUAUGAUGAAAAAUUGGAUAAUGAUAAUGAUGAAAUUAAUUCAUAUUCAUGUUAAUUGAUUUGUAUUAGUUAUUACGCUAUAUUUUAAUAUUAUUACUAUUUUUUUAUGUUACUUAACUAGUUUUGCUAUGAUGGCUCAAUAUAUUUUUAUUGUUUUAAUCUUCAUACCUCUAUGUGAAUUUUUUGCCAUAUCUUCGAUAAAUGCAUUUAUAUUUAUAAUAUGUAAUAUAAUUGGCAAUUCAUAAAUGUAAACAAAAAUCUAAACUAGCACACUUAAGAUGUCAAUAUUUGAAAAAUACUUUUUCAUUUAACUUAAUUGAAGUGUAUAUAUUUCCCAGCAAUAAAAAGUAUUGUUUGAAAUCGGAAUGUUUUUUAAUGAGGACAUUACAUUAAAAACUAUUCAUAAUUAUUGCAACUGUCCACCUUACUUGCUGUUGGAACACUUAAAAGAGGGACUUUAAAUUUUCAGAAUAAAAUAAUAAUUUAAUCCAUAACAAAUUUUCUUAAGUUUUUGACAUUUAAAAUACUGAUAGAAUAUAUAAACUUUUAAUAGUAAAUAUUCUUACUUAAAAUUAUUUAAAUUUAAGAGAUUUUUUUUAAUGUAUUGUGUCCAUAAACUUGAAAUAAAAACCACGUUAUAUUUCCCAUGAUUAUAAAAAA